CUGUUUUGAUAUUUUUAACAGACAAAUCUUCAGAGAAAGAAGGAACAGAAUGUAAUGAUGGAAAAUCUUCGUCGAAAAACAUAGUAACCAAAUGUCUCCCUUCGAUGAAUCUGGACAUUUUAAAGAAUAUCAAUAUGCUUCUCUUCUGCAUGGUUGUGUUAAUCUGGGCUAGCCAACACACGGUGAUUUAUUAUUUACCAUACUACGCAAUCUCUCUAGGAAUGACGAGAACUGAGGGUGCCAUUUUUGUGUCGCUCAUUGGAAUUUCCUGGGUCAUUGCAAAACUUUUGUCCGGCGUUUAUUCAGAUGUAUUUCAUAUCCGAUGUGAUACAGUGCUAGUGGCUGCCAUUGGAAUUGCAACGCUUGCAGUCGUUACUUUCCCUUACUGCACCAACUUCUGGUCAAUCAUUGCUUGCACUGUUAUCUAUUCCUUAUCUGUAGGUAAGAGGUUUCGUUAUAUUUCUUAAAUAUAUUUCUUAAAUAUAUUUCUUAUUUAUUGUGUAUUAUACCGCAUUUAGUGAACAAUGGCGUCGUUGGUUACAGAUUUCUGACGAGCCAGUUACUGGUUCACUGAAUAGCUGACGGAGAAUGUUAAAAAAAUAAUAAGAGAGCCUCCGCAAUUCCAUAUAACAUAAGGGUACUCUUUUGAGAAAACGCUAGUUUCUUACCGAUAUUUUCAUUCUUCUCUGAUAUACAUCACAGUACGAUAUAAGCGCGUGGAGGCGCAAUGGCCCAGUGGUUAGGGCAGCGGACUCGCGGUCAUAGGAUCACGGUUUCGAUUCCCAGACCGGGCGUUGUGAGUGUUUAUUGAGCGAAAACACCUAAAGCUCCAUGAGGCUGCGGCAGGGGAUGGUGGCGAACCCUGCUGUACUCUUCCACCACAACUUUC